AUGGCAAAAUACACAGAAGAACAAUUACUUCAAAUUAAAGAAGAAACAACUUAUGUUCCACAACCAACCAUAUUGGCUGCCUUUAAUGAAUUAAUUGACCAAGUUAAAGAACAUGCUCAUCAACAACAACAAGCUGAACACGCUAGAAAAUGGCACAACGGAGACACUUAUAUCGACGAUCGUGGAAAUGAAAGAAGUUAUCACCACAUGAAUAGACGUAGAGGCUCUAGAUCUGGUGGUAAUCAACAACAAAAGCCAUAUUUGAAAAAGAAGAAUGAAGUUAUUAAAGAUGAAGAUGGAUGGGAAACAACUGUCCCUGUUUCCGGUGGACAUAAUAAUCACAGAGGUGGAAGCUUUGGUGGAGGGGACAACGACGCGAAUGAUGAUAGGAAUAAGUUUAGAGAGUCAAUCGGUGUUAGAGCUAAGCCAAAUAAUAAGAAUUUGGGUUCAUCAAAAGCCGUGGAUCCAAGAGAGAUUGCUAGUGACAAACAAACAAAAACAUUCAACGCUUUUGAAGCUUUGGAGGGAGAUGAUGACGACGAUAAUGAAUGA